CGGAGUGUAAUUGCGAGUGUCCGUGCCCCGUUUCCGAUUCCGCUGCACGUUUCCGUGAUGGAAUAUGUAUACACCUGCGAAAAGAAGCGAAAACAAUCAUAUCGUUGAGGCGUCAUUCGUUGUGCAAUUCCCCCGCCCAUCGUAAUGCUCAACAAAAGUCAAAUAAAUGCAGUAAAUACAAGCCAAAAAACACAUUGGUCGAAUGCCACACGUGAGAUUUGGCUACAAUGGAAAGCCAGGAGCACCAAGAACGGGUAUGAUAACCGCACUUGAGGUAAAGAAAUGCCUCAAUAUAACAAUCCUAAAAAAUUUGAAUAAAAAAAAGUUAUUGGGUGUUUGGUUUGCAUACGCAACAACACCUGUCAAUAUACCCGCCUACAAACGUCGUUGUUCAUCGUAUAAUGUUCAGGAUAGUACCUUUUUCGAUACCCAUAUCGUGUAUACGGACUACAAGCACGUGACUGUCACCUAUGACUGCAAGUACAACGAUAUGACCAUGCUGCAUGACCUUAAAGUCCGCGUUUUAACACGCACUCGAACCCCUGUGCUCAAAGAUUUAAACCAGGCCUUAUACUUUCUAGAGGAACAUGCAUUUUCAAUCAAAAACUUGGAUUUCCUCAAGUCAAAAGCAUUCUGCUUUGAGUGGUACGUGUUGAAAUACCACUCCAAAACACGACCGGGUCGAUUCAAUGCGCCCAUCAUCCGGGUUUGGGAUCAUUGACGAUGUGGCCGUUGAUGACAGCAUGAAUUAAUUGCAUAACUAUUGCUAAUUAUUACAACAUAAUCAAUGAAGGAGCUGCAGCCGUGGAGAGGAAAUCGUAUAACUUAAUUAGCCUGGACUGGCCCAACCAAAAUCAAUUACCAACGACAGUCUCACUUGACUGAUUGGGCCCGGGUCCUUCAAGGAAACCAAUUGUGCUGAUUUCAGUGUCCUUGCUCCGAAAACUCACACACAAAUUUAUAUAAAAAGAUAUACAUGUACAUAUAUUGACACGAAAAGAAAUCUAGAUAUCCUACACCAUUGAUUUCGUUUCCAUUAAUGUAAAAGUAUUUAGCAAACAUGUUGAUAGACUUAAAAAACACCUUUCCUAAAAUAUAUUAUACAUCUAAUACAUCAAC